AUGACCGUGCAAGAGUCGCAGGAGCGUCAGGGACUGCUUGCGUCAAGCGAGAUGUCCCAACAAACCACACCCGUCUUGGGCGGUGCACUAGUCUCGUGGAACAUGUUUUGGUUUGUGGUGCUUCCGACAACCUUGGUGGCGAUGGUGCUUUUCAUCAUCUUCGGUCUCUGGCCGGUGUCAGCUGCCAUUGCCUGGCUUGCUGUCAUCUAUGGAAUCGUGGAGCUGGUCAUCAUCCUCUGCUUCAAGAACAGCUUCUUCUUAUGGGCGCUCCAAAGGCCGUGGAAUCUCCUCGUUCGCCUUCUACUCCCUCCUGUGGAGAUCGUAGAUAGCAUCGGGGCAGGCGGCACCGACCUCGCCAUGAUCAUCUUCAACAAAUGGGGCAAGAACGUGUGCUCCGCCGGGCAGGUUUGGAUGGGCAGCCAUGCAGAAGUCAAGAAGGCGGUGCAGAACCCUCAGGCGCGGAAUCAUUGGUUGGGCGAGCACCCCUUGUAUGCGAAGAAUUUGCCUCAUGGGGAGUCUGGUCGUUGCGUCUUCCUCCUCAGCCUUACGAACAAGGCCCUGGGAGGCACCGGGGACCACGAAGCCUUCCGACAGUGCAUGAUUGAUACCUUGUUCACUCCGGCUUCAGUGACCAGGGAGACCGAUGACCUCUCGAUAAAGCUCAUGAAGCAGUUGGCCGAGGCUUAUGAGAGUAUGGCCAACCACGCCUUCUUCUUCAGCAACGAUGGCCAACAACUAUUUUGGACCAAGUACUUGCACCACGUGCUCUUCGGCUUGGAUAUCGAGAGUAAGGAGGUGAUGGACACGCUCAAUCCGAUGUUUGAAGGUCAAGGAGGCUUAUCGCACUAUCUUGAGCCCCUGGGCCGAUUGCCAUUUUUCUCCAACCACGCCGUCAUCGACAAGGUGGGGGCCCUCUACGAGAAGUCCCCUGCCUUUGCCAACUUCCAGGUGAAGCCGGAGUACAACAACAUGACCGCAAAAGAGCUUGCCGUGCUCAUGGUCUCGAUCAUGCGUAUCGCUGGCGUUCAAGGUUCUCGCAUGUGUCUUUGGUUGUGCGCCUCGGGGGACUCGCACGGCAGCCUCACGAUGGACCCUCGCCCCUUCUGGGACACGCUCAACUUGGACGAUGAAGAUGAAGUUCUGAGGUACAUUCUUGAAGUCACUCGCCUUUCCCCACCGGUGACUAUUUCCAGCCGUAUUGCUACGGAGGACUUUUCUUGCGAGAUUUCGGGCAAGACCUACAACUUUCCCAAGGGUACUAAUAUCGGAAUCCCUUUGGUGUAUGCAAAUGUUGACGAGACC